AUGAGCAUCAUCAUCACCUGGACUCGGGACGGCCACAUUCAUGUCCAACUAGCAGUAAGGUCGUACUCUGCUGGGUACAGCCCCUUUGAUGAUGUUUUGAAAGCGGCCAUCCGCGACGGAGGCCUAAGCAAGGUGAUCUCGCUCCCUGUUCAGCAGUGGCUGUCCCGCAAUGUUCAGCCUGGACAGAGCAUCAUUUGUCAACUCUUUUUCGACGGUCGGAUCGGCUGGCACCACGCACAAUACUCACAGCAGGAGGUAUAG